CACAGCUAUUGGCGCAACAUAUGGAGACUACUCUGUCAAUCACUCUUUCCAGGGGAACUCUGCUAGCAUACGCUCCCCAACUGCACUUCCAAAGCAUCACCAACACCACUCCAAACUCGUAACCCCACCCACUGUCUCGAACCACCACUGCCCAUGACAACGGCUAUUUUUCUCUACAUCGCCGCCGUGGUGCUAUGCGCCACCACCUUGUCGCGCGCACAACGAAGUGCCGAUACGCUGACGGAGAUCGAAGCGUUAAAGUCUUUUAAGUCACAUCUACACGAUCCAGUUGGUGCAUUGGACGGUUGGGAUUCGUCCACGCCAUUCGCUCCUUGUGACUGGCGUGGCAUUAGCUGUUACGAUGGCCGAGUUCGAGAGCUCCGCCUGCCUCGCCUCCAACUCGCGGGUCGGCUCACUGACCGGCUGGCUAACCUGCGCGCUUUGCGUAAGUUAAGCCUUCACUCCAACGCCUUCAAUGGCUCAAUCCCAAGCUCUCUUUCUCAAUGCUCUCUCCUACGCGCCGUUUAUCUGCAGUACAACUCGUUCUCCGGCGACUUCCCGCCAGCGAUCGCGAACCUCACGAACCUACAGGUCCUCAACGUCGCUCAUAACUUCCUCUCCGGCGGUGUCCCCGGUGACCUCCCGGUGAGUCUCCGUUACCUCGAUGUCUCUUCCAAUAACUUCUCCGGCAACAUUCCGGCCAACUUCUCUGUCAGUUCCCAGCUCCAGCUCAUUAACUUCUCAUUCAAUCGUUUCACCGGCGAGAUUCCGGCGAGCAUUGGACACCUUCAAAUGCUUGAAUAUCUAUGGCUGGACUCGAACAGAUUGUACGGCACUCUGCCUUCGGCGAUCGCGAACUGUUCUUCGCUGGUCCACUUGAGCGCCGGAGACAACGCGAUCGGCGGCGUGAUUCCGGCGACGGUUGGUUCGCUUCCGAAGCUUCAGGUGAUUUCGCUUUCGCGCAACGAACUGUCCGGUUCGGUCCCCACAUCUCUGUUCUGUAAUGUCUCAAUCAACCCUCCGUCACUCAAAAUCGUUGAACUAGGGUUUAAUGCGUUCACGGGCAUAGUCAAACCCCCAAAUCUGAUAUUCUCUACUGUUUUGGAGGUUUUAGACCUUCACGAGAAUCACAUAGACAGUGUGUUUCCAUAUUGGUUCACGAAUUUAUCCACACUCACAGUUUUGGAUGUCUCCGGAAAUUUCUUCUCCGGCGAGUUACCGAGUGGAAUCGGUGAUCUCUCGGGGUUGGAGGAGCUCAGAGUGGCGAAUAAUUCAUUAACCGGCAAAGUUCCUAAUGAGAUUCAACAAUGUGGGUUGCUAAAGGUGCUUGAUCUUGAAGGAAACCGAUUUUCGGGUUCAAUUCCUUUGUUUCUCGGAGAAAUGAAGACCUUGAAGACGUUAUCUUUAGGAGGAAAUCAGUUCUCUGGUUUGAUUCCGUCGAGCCUCGGGAGCCUUUUCGAGCUUGAGUCGUUGAAUUUGAGCAACAACAACUUGAGUGGAAGUGUCCCACAAGAGCUCACACAGCUUAGCAACUUAACCACAUUGAAUUUGAGCCAUAACAAAUUUUCAGGUGAAGCUUUGAAGAAUAUCGGAGACUUGAAGGGUUUGGUGGUUCUGAACAUGAGUGGCUGUGGAUUUUCAGGGGGUUUCCCAUUGAGUGUUGGGAAUUUGAUGAGACUCACAAUUCUUGAUUUGAGUAAGCAAAGCUUGUCUGGGGAGUUGCCAUUUGAGCUCUUUGGGUUGCCAAGUCUACAAGUUAUAGCUCUGGAAGAGAACAUGUUGUCUGGGGAUGUGCCGCAAGGUCUCAGCAGCUUACUGAGUUUACAGUAUUUGAAUCUGUCGUCGAAUGCCUUCUCGGGGGAGAUUCCGGCAACAUACGGCUUUCUCAAGUCAUUAACUGUCCUCUCUCUAUCUGGCAAUCGUAUUAACGGCUCAAUUCCGGUGGAGCUCGGCAAUUGUUCUGAACUUCAAGUACUAGAGCUUCGAAGGAAUCGCUUGACAGGCCGAAUUUCGGAUGAUCUUGGGCAUCUCUCUCAUUUGAGAAAGCUUGAUUUGGGUGAGAAUAGAUUAACAGGUGAAAUCCCAGAGAACAUUUCUAGUUGUUCAUCUUUAAAUUCUCUGUUGUUGGAUGCAAAUCACAUUUCAGGGCAUAUCCCAGAUUCAUUGUCGAAGUUGUCAAACCUAACAAUGCUGAAUGUUUCUUCAAACAAUUUGAGUGGAGCCAUUCCAGCUAAUCUGUCGCGAAUUUCCGGCUUGAAAUACUUGAAUCUGUCUCAUAAUAACCUCGAGGGGGAGAUUCCGGAGGCACUGGGUUCUCGUUUCAAUGAUUCUUCUGUGUAUGCAAUGAACACGAAAUUAUGUGGGAAGCCAUUGAAUCGAAACUGUAAGAAUGUAACAAGUCGAAAGAGGAAGAAGUUGAUUUUAUUGAUUAGUGUGGCUGUAGCAGGAGCUUUGCUUUUGGCAUUGUGUUGUUGUGCGUAUAUUUACAGUCUUCUGCGUUGGCGCAAUAAGCUGAAAGCAGGAGAGAAGAAGCCAAGCCCAGCCCGUGGUAGCUCGGGCACAGAAGGGGGUCGUGGCAGCGGAGAAAAUGGAGGGCCAAAACUCGUUAUGUUCAACAACAAAAUCACAUAUGCAGAGACGGUAGAAGCAACCAGACAAUUCGAUGAGGAAAAUGUGUUGAGCAGGGGAAAAUAUGGACUCGUAUUCAAAGCCGGUUUCGCAGAUGGGAUGGUGCUGGCAAUCCGUCGCCUCCCGGAUACAUCCAUUGAUGAGGGCAGUUUCCGAAAAGAAGCUGAAUCCAUCGGCAAGGUGAAGCAUCGAAAUUUGACAGUACUUCGAGGCUACUAUGCAGGACCACCCGAUAUUCGGCUUCUUGUUUAUGACUACAUGCCUAAUGGCAACCUAGCUACAUUGCUUCAAGAGGCUUCUCACCAAGAUGGGCAUGUACUCAAUUGGCCAAUGCGGCACUUAAUUGCGCUUGGCAUUGCCCGUGGCUUAGCAUUCCUGCACUCAGCGUCAAUGGUCCAUGGGGAUGUCAAGCCACAAAAUGUACUAUUUGAUGCUGAUUUCGAAGCUCAUCUUUCGGACUUCGGGCUAGACAAAUUAACCAUAGCAACCCCAGCUGAAGCUUCCUCAUCCACCACCCCAAUUGGGACUCUAGGCUAUGUGUCACCCGAGGCUGCAUUAACCGGUCAGACAACGAAAGAAGCAGACGUGUACAGUUUCGGCAUCGUUCUAUUAGAGAUCCUAACUGGGAGGAAACCAGUGAUGUUCACUCAAGAUGAGGACAUUGUCAAGUGGGUGAAGAGACAGCUACAAAGGGCCCAAGUUUCGGAAUUGCUGGAACCGGGGUUGCUCGAGCUGGACCCCGAGUCGUCGGAGUGGGAAGAGUUCUUGCUUGGAGUGAAAGUGGGAUUGCUUUGCACAAUGAAUGACCCACUGGAAAGGCCAUCCAUGACAGACGUUGUGUUCAUGCUUGAAGGCUGCCGGGUCGGACCGGACAUCCCGUCCUCAGCCGAUCCCACAUCCCUCCCUUCCCCAAUUUGAAGAUUAAAUUCAACUUUACAAAAGCAGCCACUUCUGAACAGAAUUCAUUCUGUAAUCUACGUAGAAUUUUAUUUAUUUUUGCAUGUAAUAGUGGUUUCAUAUUUUUAUCUUUAUUCCUGAUUUUGCUCCGCUGUUGAGGAAAUCAUGUACCAUUAUGAGACCCACCCCCACACCCAUUGGAGGAGUCAAAAGCAUAACAUAUAUUUUUCCCGGGAAUGGUGGGCCUCAUGAUAUUUU